AUGGAUGAUGAUUAUAAAGACAUACAAAGCAAUGAUGCUGAAAAAAACAAAGUUUUAGAUUCGACCAACAUCAAUAAUACAGAAAAUAUCAGUUUAUAUAUUCACAACAUACUUAAAGGUAUAUCAGAACAAGAUCUAAAUCUAAUCAUUGAUGCGAUCAACAAUCUUUCUCUAAUUGAUGAAGAAAAUUUUAAAGAUCAAACAAUAUUACAUGAUAUAAUUCAAGAUUUUGGAUUGAUAGUCGGAUUCUUAGAGAAUCUCCUUAGCGAUAACAUCGAAAUCAAUGAAAUCGAAAUAUAUAAUUUUACAAGAAUAAUUAACGUAAUGCUUUCGUAUUCAAACAUUGAUAUUAUCGAAAUACUAUCUUCUGAGUUUAUAGAAAUACUUUUUGGAUAUUUGCAGACAAAAAAGUUUAUUACAGCGAUUCCGAAUGUAUUGGGAAUAGUUCGGAUAUUACUUAAUGAUAAAAACGCAUUUGAAGUUGCAAACCAUACAUUUUCUUUAGAUUUUAUUUGCGAUUAUUCACAAUUCAUUACAGAAGCGAAUUUAGAGAUCAGAGAUGAAUCAUUUGAAAAUAUAAUAUGUUGUAUAUACUCCUAUGCUACAAAGAGCAUUUCUUCCGAUCAAUCUUAUCAGAUAAUCAAAACCUUCGCAGACAAUGCAGAAUUGAUAGACAUAAACGUUGUUUCUCAAAGAUAUAUGUGCAUUAUAUGUACCAAGCUUAUUGAUUCUCAAUUAUUCGAUUUCGGAAUUGGAAAUAAAUAUGGAAUAAUCAAAAUGACAUAUGAUUUGAUUUAUUCCGACAGUUUAGAAGUAGAAUCUGCAGCAGCAGUCUUCUUGCAGCGAGUCGCAUCAGAAAAACAGCUUUUAGACUCAUGUAUUCCAGAUAUUUCGAAUUUAUUAGAUCAUAUACAAACAAUUACUGAUUCAACAUUAUUUAGUCAGUUUGCUUUGUUCACACAACAGCUAAUGAUGAUGUUUCCUGAACUUGGAAUGAAAUAUAUUCCAAACUUAAUGAAUAUUUAUGAAAACGUUCAUUCUUCAGGAAAGACAGAUAUAAUUUUGAUUGUUUCUGCUAUUUUUGAUUCUAUUUCUCCUGAAAAUUAUGAAUUUUUCUUCAAUCAAGAAAUCAUUUCAAAUUUUGUUGAAUGUUUACUAUUAAAUGGUAAUUCCCCGAUUUCUUCCACAUUCGUAAGGAUAUUACUUACUUUAAGAGGUUGUGGAAUUACAAAUCAAAGAGAUGAAGAAUGGAUGAGUUUUAUUGAGGAUAAAAUCGAUGACCUUGAAGAUUUGUGCAAUUUAGACACAACAUCUGAUGAUAUGAUACAGAAAAUCGAAUUAAUUUAUGAACAAUUCGAUGAAGAAUCAUGA